CACCAGAGGGCAGCCGUGAGCCUUCCUCGCUUGGCUGCAUUGCCUCCUGGCUUGACUUCCUGCUUGCUUUGAAAGAAUUGCAACAUCUUCCUUGAGCAGAGUCCAAAAAGAGGACUGCACCAGAGGUGAUGUUCCCUCGCGUUUUCUCUUCCUUUGCUGCCGUCCCUCAGGCCAGGCAAGCCGCGAGCCGCUUCAUCAGGAUGAAUUCCACCAACGCCAAAAGCCGCCUCGCCAAUAAGGUCGCCUUGGUCACCGCCUCCACCGAAGGAAUUGGCUUUGCAAUCGCUCGCCGCCUGGCCCAAGAUGGUGCUCAUGUGGUUCUGAGCAGCCGGAAACAAGCCAACGUGGACCGGGCCGUGGCCGAGCUGCGAACGGAGAACCUCAGCGUGUCGGGGUUGGUGUGCCAUGUGGGCAAAGACAAAGACAGGCAGCGCCUAAUCGAGACGGCUCUUGAGCGCCAUGGAGGGAUUGACAUUUUGGUGUCUAAUGCAGCCGUGAACCCCUAUUUUGGCCCCAUCCUUGACACACCAGGAGAGGUCUGGGACAAGAUUCUGGAUAUCAACGUCAAAGCUGCUGCCAUGCUGAUUCAGUUGGUGGUGCCUCAUAUGGAAAAAAGAGGAGGCGGCUCUAUUGUCCUGGUCUCCUCCAUUGCAGCCUAUUCCCCUUUUCCGGGUUUGGGUCCCUACAACGUCAGCAAGACGGCUCUUGUGGGCCUCGUACGCAACUUUGUCCCCGAAUUGAGCUCCCGAAAAAUACGCAUCAACUGCCUGGCGCCCGGCUUGAUCGAAACCAAGUUCAGCUCAGUGUUAAGGGAAGAUGAAGCCACGCUGGAGAAAACAAUGGAGUCCAUGAGGAUCCAAAGGAUUGGACAACCAUCCGACUGUUCCGGCAUUGUUUCCUUCCUUUGUUCACCAGAUGCUGACUAUAUUACAGGAGAGACGAUAGUGGUGGCUGGAGGUGCACCGUCCCGUCUCUGAUGGGAAUUGUGGUCCUCCUGUGGACAUGGAACAUGCUUUCACCGAGCGCUUCUGGAAUUCCAGGAAUAUAUAAUAUAGGGGAGCUUCAUGUUGGCUAACAAAUCUAUUUGAGGGGAUGCUUAUGAGUAUGAAGGUUGUCUUGUCUUUGAAGCUACCAGAAGGUAUGAAUGGGAGAAAUCCAGGAUCUCAUUUUGGAGAGGCAGAAGAUGAUGAUGAAAGCUGUAGGCUACAAGAUCAAUGUCUAUACCUUCUUUAAAAGGCUCUUGUGGUGCACCUGUUUGGAUUGAGAAUGAUCUAAAGUGGGGUGGGCACUGUAUAUUGUCCAAUUUUCUACUCUCAGAAGGGUCGGAAUGGCCCGGCAGAGGGCUGUAAAAAGAGCCUUAGGGUCACAUAGGGGCCUCUUAGUUCUCCUCUUACGCACGUAAAGCAUCGGUGCCAUUAAGGCAGGUAUGUGUAAGCCCAGGCCAGGAGGCCAAAUGCAGCACCUUCGGCUCUUUUCUCAGGCACUCCUCUCUCUCACCAUCAUUUCCUUCUCUCUUUCCUUCCUCCUUCCCUCCCUCUUUCUCCUUCCCUUCUACCCUUUUGUCCUCCCUCCCUUUUUCCUUCCUCCUUCCUUCCCUCCCUUCCUUCUCUUCCUUCCCUUUUGUCUUUCCUUCUUUUUCUUUCCUCCCUCUCUUCCUUCCCUGCCUCUUCCCCCCUCGCUCCAUUCCCUUCUGUCCUUUCAUCCUUCCUUCUUUCCUUCCUUCCUUCCUUCCUUCCUUCCUUCCUUCCUUCCUUCCUUCCUUCCUUCCUUCCUUCUUUCUUUCCUUCCUCCCUUCCUCCCAUUCCCUUCCACUGUUUCGUCCUUCCCUCCCUUUUUUCUUUCCUUCCUUCUCUCCUUCCUCCUUACCUCCCCCUCUUUCUCCUUCCAUCCCUCCCUUCCUCCCUUUUGUUCUUUCUUCCUUCUCUCUUUCCUUCCUCCUUCCCUCCCUCUUUCUCCUUCCCUUCCACCCUUUUGUCCUUCCUUCCUCUUUCCUACCCUCCCUCCCUUCUCUUCCUUUCCUUUUGUCUUUCCUUCCUUUUCUUUCCUCCCUCCCUCCCUUCCCUGCCUCUUCCCUCUCCCUCCAUUCCCUUCUGUCCUUUCAUUCUUCCUUCCUUAUUUCUUUCCUUCCUCCUUCCCUCCCUCCCUUCCAUCCUUCCUUCCCUUCCCUUCCACUCUUUCAUCCUUCCCUCCCUUUUCUCUUUCCUUCCUCCUUACCUCCCUCUCUCUUUCUCCUUCCAUUCCUCCCUUUUGUUCUUUCUUCCUUCUCUCUUUCCUUCCUCUUGCCCUCCCUUUUGUCCUUCCUCCCUUUUUCCUUCCUCCUUCCCUCCCUCCCUCCCUUCUGUUCCUUUUCUUUCCUCCCUCCCUUCCCUCUUCUCCCCUCCCUCCAUUCCCUUCUGUCCUUUCAUUCUUCCUUCUUUCUUUCCUUCCUCCUUCCCUCCCUCCCUUCCAUCCUUCCUUCCCUUCCCUUCCACUCUUUCUUCCUUCCCUCCCUUUUCUCUUUCCUUCCUCCUUACCUCCCUCCCUCUUUCUCCUUCCAUUCCUCCAUUUCGUUCUUUCUUCCUUCUCUCUUUCCUUCCUCUUGCCCUCCCUUUUGUCCUUCCUUCCGUCUGUUCGUCACCGGGAAGGCAGUUCUCCUAGCAGAGAGUGCUUGCAUGCAGCCCCCAAGUUAGAAAGUUUGCCCCUGGUUGCAUUAAGGGCUAGUUGGAAAGAAAAACAAUAUUACUUUGCUAGAGAAGACGGGAAUUGAGAGAGGUAUGUGUUUAUGGGAUCACAAAAGUGUUGGGGCUCUGAAGGCUUUUGGGGAGUAUGGACGCUCUGUGGUCCUCCAAUGAGUAGGACCAAAAAAUGUUUCUCUGUGCCUUUCACUUCUUUUCUCCUGAACCAAAUAAAGCUGUCUCUUUGAAUGAA